GUCAAGGUCGCUCUCUCACACACACUUGUCGCUGUGCGCAACUGUAGACACAACUUGCCACCCACGAUUCGCUAACGCUUCGACACGAAACGCCUCGACUAUCGACCGCCUGUGUUGUUUCUCCGCAGCCCUGAAACAAAUUGCUCGGGCUUGCACUGUAUCUUCUCAGCUCUAGAACCGCCUCUGUCGCUCUUGAUUCCUUUCGACGCGCCACACGACACUGUUCAUCACAUUCGUCACCUUCACCAUUCUUUGGCACUAGGUUUCGAAUUUAGUUACAGAAAUCGAGCGCAUUUCUUGGCUUUUUCAACUACACGUUCUUUGUUCCCUUUGUUCAUUCUAGGGUUUCGAUCUGCGACUUUCAUUUAGUCAUACGGGUAUUCCUUGACACCUGGCCGGGUGCAGUUACGAAAUCGAGAGAGCGCUUUCUAUCAAUCGCCCCCAAGCCGGCCCUAGUUUCUCGAGCAAUUGUCGGAUCACAACGCGUCUCUGUAAGGUCUGUUGAGGUCACUUAGCCGCUGGCAACCCUGAUGGCUACCUUCAACUGAGCUCCAUUGUCUGGAUAUUGGCUAGUGUGGUCGAGAUCUGGAGCUCUGGAAUUCUGAUUCCUGCACCGCUGAAGUCUUUCCCGCAACAAGUCCGCGAGGGUCUUCAGCAGCAUCACGUGACGUCCAUCCGGAUGGCUCAAACAAAACUUCACUCAUCGCCCUUUUCGGCCAGAAAUAGCCCGCGCAAUAGAAGACUGGACGAAAGUCCAUCAAGACAAUUACAAUUUGAACUAGAACGGACUUUUAGCCAAAUUCAAUUGCAAGAAUGUGAGCGCCAAAAGGUUUACGUCUAUCAACGACGUCAGCAACAAGAGGAACUAGAUGCGAAAGAGCUUGCACAAGCCGAGGCGCACCGCACGGAGUUGAGUCUGGCAAAUGCCCAACAUGAGGUUGUGCGGUUACAGGCUGAGGCGGUUCUUCACGCGUAUCUGAAAAAGGAAGAGGAGGACAGAAGACGUCGUGAAGAAGAACGCAAGCGGCGGGAAGAGGAGGAGCGAAAACGACGCGAGUCCGAAGAGGCUCAGAGACGCGCAGAGCAGGAGCGCAAAGCUCUCGAGGAAAGGGAGCGUAAGGAGCAAGAAGAGCGAGCCAAAGCUGAAGCUCAGCGACAGGCUCUACUCGAAAAACAAAAGGCCGAGGCUGAGGAGCAACGGCGAAAAGAGAAAGAAGCAGAAGAGCGCAAGCAGCAGGAAGAAAAGGCCAGGGCUCAUCAAGAAGCAGCACUGAAGCAGCAAGAGGCUGAAAAGGCUGCUGCUGCUAAUGCCGCGGCCGCUAAGGUUCAAACCACCGCACCAACAUCUGCUCAAAUUCCUGCAGGCAGAGCCCCCACAAAUAUAGAAACGAUACAUCAGAAUUAUCUGGCGAUCCACAAGAAGCUAAAAACAUUCCGAAAGCAAUUCACGGAGAAUGUCAAGAAAGAUCCAACUCUGAAACCACAUGUGGGCGAUAUGAGACGAGCCAUGAGAACUAGUGUUGGACAACUCACAGACGACAAGGUUGGUAACCGGAAAGCACAUGAUCGUGUUCGAAUUACACUACAGAAAGCCUUGAAAGAGCUGCCCUCACCUUUGGUUCCAGUCAAUGACUAUGUCCCUUCCCAUCUAUCACUGAACGACAACGGUGCCACGACGAUCCCAUCGUUGGCUCUCUACUUGCUUUCAGUCUUUAGCAAGGCCAUCAUCAACGCUUUCGUGGGAGAAUGUGCUGUCAAUCCCAAAGCUGCCGAGCCGAUCGGUACAUUGGUCGCUCAGAUAUUCUCCAUGGCAGAAUUGCAGUUCCCAAGGAAUCUGCAAGUAUCCAACGGCGCAUCAAACAUGCCACCGAGUGAAUCACUCAUAUCAAUCCUCAUGUGCAAAUUCCAUGCCUCGGCUCCUAUCUUGUUCGGUAUCUAUGGACCAGAAACCACAAACGCGGGCAAGCUGAGGCUUGGUUGGCGCCUGGACAAUGUGUCGGACGACAAAAAGGCUUUUGUUACUGAAAACAAGCAUUACGACCGUCAAACCGGUCUCGGGGUUGGGUACGCCUCGAUAGCUCUACGAAAUUUCUCUCGAGCCAAGAUGUCUAACCCUUGGCCACCCACGCACUUCUGGUCCAGCCUCGCGCUUAUCGUCAACACGCCGCCUUCAGAAGUUCAGAUUAGUCAUCUGACUCUUUUGAAGAACAUGCUCGAGAAUAAUGCGGUGGAACGGUUUGUCCUCUUCUUUGGAGCGGCUGGAGUGGCGGCUUUGCGUCAGGCGGUCGUCGAGUUUCCUCGAAAGUUGUCGAGAGAGUUGCAGGAGAAACCAAUUACAAAAGCAAUGGCGUUGAUGGUAGAGGCUUGGGCAACAGAAAAACAUUUCAGAUUGGAUUAAACUUGGGUCAUGAUAUUGUGACUACAAUGGUACAAGCAUGGUCCGGAGUGCACGGUUUUUCUUUUCCAAGUUUGAGCCGCCGAGAACAUUUAUUUCUCAGUGUUCGUUGCAAGAAUGGACGGAUGAAUGAACUGACGCCAUCUGCAAAUAUAUGGCCUAUAUGAAUACGAUUACUCCGUAUGA